AUGAAAAAAUCUCCAAGUUACAAAGAAAAUUUGUGGCAUGGAAAAGAUUCACUGACUAGUAAAAGUAGCAGCGAGUCUCAAACAAUUCACUGGAUUCCAGAACUUUUUGGGCCAGUUUUUGAAACUGAAAAAAUUUCUUUGUGUCAGUCUUAUCGUGCUCAUCAAGGAAAAAUAAGAACACAAUUGAUAUCAACAUUCGUCCCAGACGAAAUAAUUUACAAAACAGAUCUCGCAAAAAAAAGUCUAGAGGAAUUUUUAGCUGUUAUUCUAUUUAUUGAAAUCUCGAACGUGAUUAAAUUGGAAGCUGAUGAAAUUUUGGCUGUAUGGAAAGUACCGAAAUUUCAGUUAGCAGCGGAAAUUGUGGAAGCAGUUAUAAAAUGUGGAUUAAAAUGCCAGAAAGGUGUGAAAAAUAUUUCAACUAUUUUACAAGUUAAAAUAAAAAUUACUAUUUCAACUGGAAACGUUGCAUUUUCAAUAAUUGGCAAUGAUAAUUUUAAAAAAUGGGUACUAGUAGGUCAACCGAUCAUUGAAGCUGAAUCAGCAGCAAAUAAUUGUAAUCCUGGUGAAGUUAUUAUAACCAAAAGCACUUGGCAAUAUGUCCUACCUAGUGAUUAUGAAUAUCUUUCCGUAGAUUCAGAUAAUGUUAAAAAAGUGUCAAUUUUAUCUAUAAAUCUUACUCCUGUAAAAAUUAAAACUCAAGAAAUAGUAAAUUUAAGCGACAAAUGCUUUCAUGCUCUCUACAAAUUGACAGAAAAAUAUCUUGGAAUUAUCAAAACAGUCAAGGUCUAUCCAAAAAGAAUAUUUUUUUCAGUGUACUUUGGUUUCUCACCAGAUAAACAUUUUCUUCAUGAAAAUAGUUUUAUUUGCGCUGAAAAGUAUCGGAUGAUCUUGAGCAAUAUUGAAGAUAUAGUUAAAUUAUCCAUGGGAAUUUCUACAGGAAUGGUAUUUUGUGGAGUGAUUGGUCACACAAUAAGACAAUCUUUUACCUGUACAGGUUUAUCGUGUGAAAAAUCUAAAAAAAUUGCUACUGUUGCUAACCAAUACAGUUUAGUUAGCAGAAAAAUUGAUAAAAUUUAUCCAAUUAUCGGAUGUUUUGAUAAAUUAGAAAAAUUAACUGAUAUCCUGGAUGAUAUUUGUGUUUCUAGUCGAAAUUACUGCGGAGUUCUUAUUGAAGGUUUUGACAGUGCUGGAAAAUCUAGACUGCUUGAUGAGUGCGUUCUAAUAGCAAAAUCCCGUCAAAUAUUAAUUUACACUGUUUCAUUGAAUUUUUUAAACAUCACAAGAGCUUACAAUACUAUUUAUUAUAUUUUAUUAGAAAUGUUCCAAAUCCACGAUUGUUACUCCGUCGAGGAGAGAAAGAAGAGCCUGAUAAAAAAAAUUGGAAACAUUAUCCCGUCAAGUAAAUUCUGCUACCUCAAUGUCCUUUUUAAUGUUGAUUUCACCCAUUCGUCAACUUUUCUGUCAGAAAAUGAAGAGCAGCAUAUUUCUAAAACCCUUAUUCUUUUUGAUAAACUAUUAGGAUCAGUCGAAAAACCCACGGGUAUUUUUAUUGACGAUAUCCAUUUUAUGGAUUUGGAAUCUUGGGCUUUUGUAACUCGGAUUAUGAAUUAUAAUAAUUUUUUUUUGGCAAUGACCAUUGACAAUUCUAAAUCAAUAUCUUCAAACCAUUACAAUGAUUCGAGACUUUUUAAAUUUACGCUCAAUGGAUUUAAUCCUAAAGAAAUGGGUAUUUUAAUUUGUCAGCUUCUCAAUGUUCAUGCAAUUUCUGAAAAAAUUGACAAAAUUUUAAACAAUGCAAAUUGGAUGAAUGCAGGUUGGUGCGAGGCUUUCAUAUCUCUAGUACUCGAAAGAAAGUGGUUUGAAUUUUAUUUUCGUGGUGGAAAAGUAAAUUUCCAAGACCUGAUUUCACCUCCACUUGUUUCUGUCAUUAAAGUGCCAUACGGUGUCUUCCCCGAAGAGAUAAAUCCUCAUCUUCCGCAAGAUAAAUUUCAUGUCUUAGAUAUUAAGUCUACAUCUAUAAACAGCCAGUUUAUCAGAGAUGACACUUAUCUUGACAUUGAAACUUUAUACAAAAAAUUGUUCCACAAACUCACAUCUUAUGAACAAAGUGUAUUAAGAUCAGCAGCUGUGCUCGGGGAUAUUUUUACGAGAGAAGCACUCGAGAAUGUAACACCAAAUUCAAUGGACUUUCACACAGCUAGAGCUAUAACACGAUUAAUGGAUCUCAGAAUACUCGAAUGCGCGUCCAUUCAGCGUUUCAAUUACAAUCUCUCGCCUUAUGUGAAAAGAAACACCUUUUCUGAUAUGCAUCAUCUUCUUCAUUGCUCUUGUUACCAAACCAAUGUAGCUGUCAGAGAUGAACAGUUACCCAGUUACGCUGGUUGCAAAUUACUUGAGUUCAAGGUAAAGGCCUUUCGUCGGUUUGUUUAUGAUCAAAUAUUGCCUAAUAAGAAAAGAGAACUACAUUCAAGAGCUGCCGAGAUUUAUGAACGACAAGCUAGAACUUGUAUUUCGUGUGGUGGUGGAUCUUUUUUAAAUGCUUUGGGUGUUGUACAAGGGAUUGGAACUGAUGCCAGAGCAUUAAGACCAUCUAUAGUUAGAAGAUCUUUGUCUAGAGAUGCCAUUUAUUUCAGUAAAUUCAAAUUUCGAAGACGUAGUUCAUCGACUGAAAGUCCUAAUCAAGAAGGAAUUCAUCAUCAGAAAAUUUCAAUUUUACCAACUCACUCUAAAGAUCAAGAUGAAUCUCAAUAUUCUUCAGACGAAUUAUCAACACCUUCUGACAAAAGAAAUUUAAAUAAAUCUGAGUUACUUUUGCUGAAGAAAAAUGAUCCUUCAAGACGAUCACAGUUGAAGAAAUUUAACCUGAUUGAUUUUAGAAAUUGCGAUUGUGAAAAUGUGUUGAAUGGAGUUUUCCAAGAACUUUUAUGGCAUCUUCAGCACACUGAUUGGUCAAACAAACUCGUGGAGUACAUGAUGGAGUAUAGCGCGGGGCUGAUUUUUAUUUGUAGAUACUGUGAAGCAUUUAACAUUCUAAUAAUCACCAAGGAGAUAAAUGAUAAAUUACCUCUCGAAAAGAGAUGGAAAAAUAAAUACAUCAUAUGGGGCUUGAUGGGCGAUGCUUCAGUAGCAUUAGGAAAUAUUUCAAAAGCAAAAAAGUAUUUCAAAGAGGCAAUAAGACUUCAAACUAAUGAUCAACAUUAUGAUAUACUCUGUGUGAGGCCCAAAAUUAUAUGCCGGGCUUGGCAUCGAAAAAUUAAUAGAAAAUUGAUAAACAGAUUCUAUAAAAACAGAUUUUCUGAAAAUGAAAUGUCAAGACGGCUGGUUAUUGCUUAUCAUCUUAUGAAACUAUCUAAAGUUUUGUUGGUAAUCUAUAUUAUUAAGAGAAUAAGAAAAAUAUUUUGUCUCCAGGACUAUCGAGAAAGUAAUCGCGCGGAAUUGAUAGCAAUUGACGCAUUUAAUAUCGGAUUUUCAAGCUCAGAAGGCUUUACUCAAAAAUGCGAGCUCUAUAUAAAAGCUUGUGAAAUUUUUCGAGCUUGCAAGUAUAAAAAUGCACUAGAAAUUGGGUCUAAAUUAUUUAAAAUAUCAAAAUCAUUACAUGUAACUGCCGUACAAUUAGAGAUUUUACCUUUAUUGAUCAAUUUGACAAUUCGUAUGAAGCGAAUAUAUGAAACUGCAGAUUUAAUGCAAGAAUUGUACCACCUGUCGAACCAAGAUAUUGACAAAUCCAGUAUUACUUGGUAUUAUGCAUUGUCAUUAGACCUAACGUUAGAUGCUGGCAUGGUUUUGGAAUCCUUUGAACAGUGUGCCGAGUAUGCAAAGGAAAUUAUCGCCAAUAAAAAUAGAUCCUGUGUUCUUCGCGAUCCGGAAAGCCUCAAGAGACUAUUAACUUGUCUCUGGAUAUGGCAACUUCGAUCAGGAACGACCGUGACGGCUACAUUUGCGCAAUGCUGUGCGUCGUAUGCAGUCAACAUAAAGCCUGACAAUUAUGCGCAAUUAUUAAAUCUUCUAAAGACUUUCGAAGUUUACUUUCUUGAGCUUCGACGCUGUAUCAACAUUAAGCGCUCUGACGAGCUUUCGGAACUUGUUCAAAACAUAAAAUUGAUUUUAAAAACUCUCGAGCAACAUUUAAAUAAUGCCGGGUUCAUAAAACCACGGUUUUACAUCUUGAAGGCAUACUUUAAAUUGGCUCACGGGGACAAGCAUUCAGCUAAGAGUCUGCUGAAAAAGGCGAGAAAGUAUGCAAGUUUUCAGGGUAAUGAAAUGUUGCUAGCUUGGAUUUUACUCAAUGAAAAGAUGUGGGAGAAGCUGCAGUUUAAUAAUACGUCCAGCUAUUGGAUGGAGAACGUGAGACAUGUUGACAGUUUUAAUUGGCGAGAUAUACACGACUUUGACGUGAAAGCAUGGUCUUCUAUUCUAUUCUUUAUUUCACCUCCUGACUCCUACGUCAAAGUAUAA